UUAUAGGUUUACAUCGAAUAACAAACACGUGCGCUCAACAGUCUACAUGCUUGUUUAGGGAGGAGGGGAAAACGCAAGCUUUUCUUUUUGAAGUUUACAGUUAUAAUCAGAAAAUGCCAAAUAUUAAGGUAUUUGGGGGUUCUUCUCACCAAGAUCUUGCACAGAAGAUAGUUUAUAGACUUGGAAUCGAGAUAGGGAAAGUGGUCUUAAAAAAAUUCAGUAACCAAGAAACAAGUGUUGAGAUAGGGGAGUCUGUGAGAGGAGAAGAUGUAUACAUUAUCCAAAGUGGAUGUGGGGAAGUUAAUGACAACUUGAUGGAGUUACUGAUUAUGAUCAAUGCUUGUAAAAUAGCCUCAGCAUCAAGAGUCACAGCUGUUAUUCCCUGCUUUCCUUAUGCUCGGCAAGAUAAGAAAGACAAGAGCCGGGCACCAAUAUCAGCCAAGCUAGUAGCCAAUAUGUUAUCAGUUGCAGGAGCAGAUCAUAUCAUCACAAUGGAUCUCCAUGCCUCUCAGAUCCAGGGUUUCUUUGACAUACCUGUAGAUAACUUGUAUGCUGAACCAGCUGUUUUGAAGUGGAUCAGGGAAAACAUUCAAGACUGGAGAGAUAGUAUUAUCGUCUCACCUGAUGCAGGUGGAGCCAAAAGGGUUACUGCUAUUGCUGAUCAUCUGAAUGUAGAAUUUGCCUUGAUUCACAAGGAGAGAAAAAAAGCUAAUGAGGUAGCUUCUAUGGUUUUAGUUGGUGAUGUGAAAGAUAAAGUGGCAAUUCUUGUUGAUGAUAUGGCAGAUACGUGUGGAACAAUAUGCCAUGCUGCUGAAAAAUUAACGCAAGCUGGGGCUCGUAAAGUGUAUGCUAUCCUUACUCAUGGUAUAUUUUCUGGUCCAGCUAUAUCACGUAUUAACAAUGCCUGCUUUGAGGCUGUUGUAGUUACCAACAGUAUACCACAGGAAGAACAUAUGAAGGAGUGUCUGAAGAUUCAGUGUAUUGACAUCUCAAUGAUCCUAGCUGAAGCUAUUCGUAGAACUCACAAUGGAGAAAGUGUUUCUUAUCUGUUUAGUAAUGUACCUAUGUAAGAUUAUUGAUGAUGUUAUUGUGAUAUGUGAGUGAGAAAAUGAUACAUUGCAUAAAUAUCUCAUAAAAAGUGUGAAUUUUAUGACCAAAUAAAAACCAGUUUUUUUUUUUUCUUAAUUAUAAACUCCCAAGAUUAGUAAAGGUUCAUAAUAUCAGUAUUUGGAAUGCACAGUAAAAAAAAAA